CCGGCUCGAGCCCGCUGGGCACGCGGGGGCGCGCACGUCGCUCCCCGCCCUCCCGCCGCCGUCGCCGCCCGCUCUUGGUUUCUCGCGCUCCCCGCCCGUCGCUCUCCGUCGGUUGUCUUGUUAGUCAGCCGCCGCCUCCUCAACCACCCGCCGUAGUCUUCGAGCUUGCGACUCGAGGACAAGCGUCCUCAGCGCGGAGAGGCCGGACUCGGAGUCGUCGCCUGAGUGCCUUUCAUCUGAGAAGUUCAGGGCACUUUGUAGAACUUCUGCCAUACAGGCCGUGGGUCUUGCAGCACAUUUGUAAGUACAAUGAAGGAUAUAUCUGCCUCUGGAGAAGUUCAGAAUCAAAUCAGUUCCUGUCAAAUGUAUAGCAAGUGAUUUGUGAUACACCAGUGAAAAGGACCAUGGUGGCUGAUCAAACAGUCAAUGGCUGCCAUCCGGAAGAAACUGGUGAUUGUUGGAGAUGGAGCCUGUGGCAAGACUUGCUUGCUCAUUGUCUUUAGCAAGGACCAGUUCCCAGAGGUGUAUGUCCCUACGGUGUUUGAGAACUAUGUGGCAGAUAUUGAAGUGGAUGGAAAGCAGGUAGAGUUGGCUUUGUGGGACACAGCUGGGCAGGAAGAUUAUGAUCGCUUGAGGCCUCUCUCCUACCCGGAUACCGACGUUAUACUGAUGUGUUUCUCCAUUGACAGCCCUGAUAGUUUAGAAAACAUACCAGAAAAAUGGACUCCGGAAGUCAAGCAUUUCUGUCCCAACGUGCCCAUCAUCCUGGUUGGGAACAAGAAGGAUCUUCGAAAUGACGAGCACACAAGGCGGGAGCUGGCCAAGAUGAAGCAGGAGCCAGUAAAACCCGAAGAAGGCAGAGAUAUGGCAAACAGGAUUGGUGCUUUUGGGUACAUGGAGUGUUCAGCAAAGACCAAAGAUGGAGUGAGGGAGGUUUUUGAAAUGGCCACGAGAGCUGCUCUGCAAGCCAGACGUGGGAAGAAAAAAUCUGGGUGCCUUGUCUUGUGAAACCCCUGCUGCAAGCACAGCCCUCAUGCGGUUAAUUUUGAAGUGCUGUUUAUUAAUCUUAGUGUAUGAUUACUGGCCUUUUUCAUUUAUCUAUAAUUUACCUAAGAUUACAAAUCAGAAGUCAUCUUGCUACCAGUAUUUAGAAGCCAACCAUGAUUAUUAAUGAUGUCCAACCCACCUGACCCACCAGGGUCCUUCUGACACUGCUCUUAACAGCCCUCCUCUGCACUCCCACCUGACACACCAGGCGCUAAUUCAAGGAAUUUCUUAACUUCUUGCUUCUUUCUAGAAAGAGAAACCGUUGGUAACUUUUGUGAAUUAGGCUGUAACUACUUUAUAACUAACAUGUCCCGUCUGUCAUCUAUCAGCUGCAAGGUACUCUGGUGAGUCACCACUUCAGAGCUUUACUCCUUUUAACAAAUUUCAUUGGCAACACUCUGGGUGGCUAUCCAGUUUUUUGAAAAUGUGCUCAGCCAGAAAGGCCCAAAUCCACGCAGCUGUGGUCAAGUUACAGUUCUGUGGUUUCAUGUUAGUUACCUUAUAGUUACUGUGUAAUUAGUGCCGCUUAAUGUAUGUUACCAAAAAUAAAUAUAUCUACCCCAGA